AUGUAUUCAUUCAAACAAAGUGAAUGGUAUGAUGUUUAUUAUUCACAACCAGAUCCAUCUCCUGUUUACACUGAAAGAAAGCUUUACGAGAAUUUGCAAGGAAAAGUUUACAUCAAAAACGUUCAAUUCUACGAAAUUGGUGACAAAGGUGUUAUUAAAUUAAACUCAGCAGAUCUCCAAUCAUUAAUUUCAACAAGUUCAUUUGAAAAUUCAACAAAUUCAGGAAACGGUGGAUCAAUAUAUCGGACAAGGUCAAUCUGCUAUCCAAACAGUUUGUAG